GGCGGGUCGCUGUGCUCGGACAGGCUGGGCUCGGGCGGAGGCGGGGCGGCUCGCCUUCUCGACCGCCUCAGGAGGCCGCGGCUCGGCGUCCGCCCCAGGGCCCUCAGCCGCGGAGCAGCGUCUCCCGCGCCAACAGCAUGGCGGGCGGGCGCUGCGGCCCGCUGUGGACGGCGCUCCUGGUCGCCUGGGUCGCGGCGUUGGCGGCCGCUGAGGGCCCCGAGCAGGCCCUGGUGCCGGCGGAGCCCAGCCGGGUGCAGCCCAUGACCGCUUCCAACUGGACGCUGGUGAUGGAGGGCGAGUGGAUGCUGAAAUUUUAUGCCCCAUGGUGUCCAUCAUGCCAGCAGACUGAUUCCGAAUGGGAAACUUUCGCAAAGAAUGGUGAAACCCUUCAGAUCAGUGUGGGGAAGGUGGACGUCAUUCAGGAACCAGGUUUGAGCGGCCGUUUCUUUGUCACCACCCUCCCAGCCUUUUUUCAUGCAAAAGAUGGAAUAUUCCGCCGCUACCGAGGCCCAGGAAUCUUUGAAGAUCUACAGAAUUACAUCUUAGAGAAGAAAUGGCAAUCAGUUGAGCCUCUGACUGGUUGGAAGUCCCCAGCUUCUCUAACGAUGUCUGGAAUGGCUGGCCUUUUUAGCAUCUCUGGCAAGAUUUGGCAUCUUCACAACUACUUCACAGUGACCCUCGGAAUUCCUGCUUGGUGUUCUUAUGUAUUUUUCAUCAUUGCCACUUUGGUUUUUGGCCUUUUAAUGGGUCUGGUCUUGGUGGUAAUAUCAGAAUGCUUCUAUGUACCACUUCCACGGAAUUCAUCUGAACAUUCUGAGCAAAACCAGAGGUCAGAGGAGGCUCAGGGAGCUGAACAGUUGCAGGACGCAGAAGAGGAAAAGGAUGAUUCCAAUGAAGAAGAAAAUAAGGACAGCCUCUUAGAUGAUGAAGAGGAGAAAGAAGACCUUGGCGAUGAGGAUGAAGCGGAGGAGGAAGAGGAAGUAGACAGUGUGGCUGGUGGUGUGGAAGAGGAGAGGAGCGACGCCAACGAUCAGGGUUCCCUGACAGAAGCCAGUGUGGCCCAGGAGGAAGUGGAACCUGAGGAGGCUAACGGCGACACCCUCGAGCAGCCCUCCUCAGCCGGCACAGAGGCAGCAGAAGACUCACUGAGGCAGCGCAAGAGUCAGCAUGCCAAUAAGGCACUGUAGAUUUCACAACACUUCCCUCUGGCCUGCAGUUUAAACCAAAUCCUUAACUUUUCCCCGAACGAGCAAGCUUCUCUUAAAAAAUGGCCAGUGAUCAUAUGGUCUCACGGCAGUAAGCCUCAUAGGUCCUGUCUGAGGAGAAUUUUUCAGGUGUGACAAUCAGGAGACAGAAAACCAGUGGAGUUAGGAUCUGUUUGGGGACUUGGGGAGGAGCAAGUUCAUUUACCUGGCUAGAGUCUUAACCAGAAGGGCAACCCCCUCCCUCAUUAGCACCUUCUAGAGACAAGGAGGCCCCCAAAAUGAAAGCAAAGCAGCUUCACCCUGAGCAUCCUCGAAGUGCAGCGGAGGUCCUGCUUCCUUUCCAUGUCAUGCGGAUUUGUUUUUGUCAAAUUACAAAACAUCAGGCACCACCGUGUGCGGGCACUUUUAACUGAGAGGGCUCUGGGUACAAUUUUGGGAAGGAGCUUGGAAGUAACCCAAGCUCUUGAGAUCUCCUUUGUGAUGUUUUAUUUCUUACCUACAUUUCUCCAAGUGUUUUACAGUGGCCCACAGAGUCCCACAGUCUUCACAGUUACCCCUUAGUGAGAGGACUCAGACAGCAGUUGGGUCGACAGCCACCAUGUUUGUUUUGGCUAACAGGUUUAGAUGAGCCGUAACCAAAGUCCAUGCAGCUGACUGCCAGGCAUCUCGAAUGAAAUGGUGGACCCUUUGGAGAUUUAGGAGGAAGUAGGGAUUUUACAGAACAGAUUAAAAAGUUUUUUGGCCAACAUGAAGUUUUGUUUUUUUGUUUUUUUUUUUUUUCAAUAAAUUUCUUUAGCAAAUUUUUUUUUUAAAGGCAAAAGGGCUCUAAGUCUUGCUUAGGUGAUGACCUUCACAAGGUCAUCUUGUGAAGAAAACUUGAAUGAUCUGUUGUUUUGUUUCUAUCUCAAGGAUUUCCCUGGCUCUUGAAUCAGUUUAAUAAUAACUGAAAAACCAUGUCUGUUUUUCAGUAAUCACCUUCAGUGAUGUGCUUUUGGUAAAAAAAUUAAUCCAAGUCAAUACUGGGAAGUGAGAGACUUGAUUUUGUUUCCAUCGCCCUUAAUCUUCUAGAGAAUUGUAUCUUUGUAAGUCUCUCACUACUGAAUCUACCAUAAGUGCCCAAGGAGCCCAAUUUCUUUUACAAAUCUGUCUUACCUGUUUCUCAUACCUGAUUUAUGUCUUAGAAUAUAUUCAUAAAACUAGAUUCCAAGCAUAUGAAAGAUGCCUGAAGUCAAUUGUAUGCCCCUUGGGUCCAGACAGAAAAAUGAGUACAGGUUUAUAAAAUUCAGAAAGUUUCCAUCCUUAAAAAGGAACAUGCAGUGCGUUUCUGUCUGGACAUCCUGUGACUGUGGGGCUCAUCAUAAGGGAGGUUGUGAAGCUCUGCCCUUUGCUAAGGCUGCUACAAGGCUUGCACAAUGGAGCUUCUUAUCUGACAAUCAAAGUUUAGAGCCUAUGGUUAUUUUUCAUCUUUCCAACUCAGUUCUCAACCUCCUCUUCCAGCAUGGUGAAGGUGAAGCUUAGGAACUGCCAGGAAUGUGCUCACAGAUGGCAUUGUGAUCUAAAAGUGAGGCCAUCACAGCACUCGGGGACCAGGAGAGCCUUGACAUCUACCCAUUUCCUGCUCCUCCUCCUGCCCCCAUGUGCUCACCCAGAGUGCUGUGCGUGCAGGCUUUUCGCGGUCAGAGCUGAGCUGUCCUUGUCUCCCAUCCCUGCAUUUCUUUCUCUUACAAUCAACAGAAAGUUUUCAAACAAUAGUGAGUUCAAGUUCAGGGUUAGAGAAUAUAGAAAGAUUUCAUAGUUUGGCUUUUUUAUAUAAUGGCCCAUCCCCAAAUUUGAGUUUUUUAAUGGGAUGUUCGACUAUAGAGGAAGGCAUGCAGAAACAGAGUCUACCCUCCUGCUUAAACAGAUAAGGCCAGUUUCCAGUUGUCCCCUACAUAGGACCUCGUUCUAUAACAAGACCAACAACAAAUAAGGAUUUGCAGUACUUCCCGAAGUUGGAAAGUGGGGAGAAGAUUAUCUUGGAGAAGAGAUUCAGUAAAAGUUGAAGUAUCUGUUCAUGGGAAUAUUUUUUCCUGAUUUUUCCUUUAUUAACAUCUUGGCAGAAUUUAGAUUUUUGUAGCAAGUGGCCAAAGUACACAUCUAAUUUAAUUUCUCUCCAAGUGAAGCCUUUACGUUUGUUUUUAAUUUUUAAGGAAUGUCAAACUAAAUGAAAAAAGUCAACCCAAAAUAAUUUAAAUUUAAAAUGAGCUCCACAUUUCAAUAGGAUAUUGGGAUUUUUCCUGUUGAUAAUAAAGUUAUUGCUUCAAAAAUAAAAACAUGCUUCCUUACGUUGCAUCAUCAGUCAUUUAAUUAUAGAAUAGCAUUUCGUGUAAAUUAAAAGUGGUUGGAUGGAAUAAAAAUAAUGACAAGUGGGAGUGCCCAACGCUUUAUGUGUGGGUAGUUGGGGCAGGCUGACUUGUCAGUGACAAAAAAUACCAGAAAUUACCUUUUUGUUGAUGUCUUCUGUGAUUGCUCUCUGGAGAGAUCUGUAGCCGAGCCAGUUUGCUUGGAGAGCUCAUACUCCAGCAAGGCACAGACAGCUCCUCCUCUCCCUUAGAGGUGUAACCCUGGAAUGGCUAAGGACAGGGCCUGUUCAGGUCGCAGGUUGUGUCCUGCGUGGCUGCACUGACAGCCUCAUCUUGUGAAUACGACAUCUUGUGAAUAUGACAGAAAUAACCACUGGAGUAAAUAUAAGCAAGGGUAGCCGGAUUUGACUUUUGACAGUUGAAAAAGCCACAGUUUGACUUUUUAUGGCCAAAACUCCUUGUUGUUACCUCUGAUGUUGCAGUAUGACUUGAGUGUAAGGUAGUGUUCAGAAGUGAUCCUGUAACACCUUUGGGGUAGAUGAUUAAAAACUGCUAUUUAAAGGAAGACUUACAUAAUACUUUUUAUUAGUACGUCCUUCGGGUAUGAAGCUGGUACAGUAUUUUGCUUUACAGGAUGGGAAGCAUUCAAGAGAUGAAAAGUUUGAAAGAGGGUAAACUUGAGAUUUCAGCAUGUGAUCUCUGGAGUGAAGUGACAGGGCCUUGUGCUUUUGCUGGUAUAUAUCAGUAGAUAGUCUGUGUCCUUCAUCUCUGUGUUAUAGUGUUUCUCCUGCCAGUAUUAUAGAUGUAUGGUAGACCCAUCCUCAGAAAUACCAACAUUUUGAAGAUGUAAAUCCUUUGUGCCAACAGAAAGUUCCUCCAUGCGUAGUACCUUUAACUCAGUCCUACAGUGUGACCCUCUUGGGAAGCUUACAGCUUGUCUUGCAAAAGCCAAAUAAUAGAGUCAUCACGUCUGAGGAAACCUGAUGGGGCAGUUUUUUGAACAGCUGUUCUGAAGUAGGAGGUUCCCUUGGAAGCCUUUGAUAGCUUCAGCAGGGAAUAUGGCCUUCAGAUGACUUGUUCUUAGCCGAGUUUUCUGUAGACUGUGACAUUGUAUAUAUGUGACUUGUACAACUUUGACAUGUUUUUGUGUAAUCGUUUGUUACCAGACUGCUUCUUCCUGGAAAUGCAAUUUUUAUACUAAAGACAUUGCUUAUUUGUACUGUAAUACAUUGUUAUUUAUAUUCCUUGUAAUCGUCUAGUUUAUUUAGCCCAGUGCAUUUAAUUAUUUUUCUCUCUAUCCAUGUACUCUUUGCUUCCUCAAAUAGCAUCUGCAGCACCUGAAAUGAGCAAUCAAGAUACUGUUUGCAGCAGGACAUUGCCUGAAUCGCAGAUCAUCUGAUCACAGAAUUGUACAUAAUUCUUGAUCGCAUAAGAUUUCAUUUUAUUGUAAAUUUCCAUUUUCAUCAAAACAUAAUGAUAGUAAUGACUAAGUGAAAUCAAAAUGACGUAUUGCUUUUCAUAUAAGUAUUUUCACAAAAACCAUUUGCCUAGGCAGUUAAAAUAUUACUUUGUUAAAAAAUA